GGACCGCGGAGAGUGUUGAUCUUUAUCCAGCGAUGGGUGCCGACGCACGCGCGCUGCUCGGGGUUGUGCUCCUGCUUACUCUGCCGACGUGGCCGGCGGACGCGGUACGCACAGCCAACAGCGACCGGCCGGACCUGCUGCCGACGGACUGUGGCCGCCGCCUGGUGAGACCGGACGAGGCUGUCCGACCGUUUAUAGUCGGGUCGGGUAACACCACCGCCUACUACGGCCAGUACCCGUGGCAGGCGCGGCUGGUCAUGUAUGAUGCCAAUGCCAGGGGGUACGUACAUCACUGCGGCGGCAUCGUCAUCUCGCAAGAACACGUGGUGACAGCCGCCCACUGCGUGGUUGCGGUCGUCCCCAGUCAGCUGCUGGUGCGUGUCGGUGACCUUCGAUUUGACGGCCGCGAGAGGUUUGAGCAAGAGUUCGCCGUCGCCAGCUUCCACGCGCACAGCCAGUUCGGCACGGGGCCUGGCCUGCGUCACGACGUGGCCCUACUGCGGCUGCGUCGCCGCGCCGGGCCCGGCAUCGAGUUCGGCCGCUACGUGCAGCCGGCCUGCCUGCCGGCGGCCGACGCCGAGUACGAGACGUUCCUGCCGUGCGAGGUGUCCGGCUGGGGGCGUACCUCAGACGGCGCGCCCAUCUCGGAGGUGCUGCGCGGCGUCUCAGUGCCGUUGGUGUCCGACUUCUUCUGCGGCGCGCCCGAGGUUUACCAAGAUCGCUUCCUACCCGGCGCUAUGUUCUGCUCGGGCCCGACGGGUGGCGGCGCCGACAGCUGCGAGGGCGACUCGGGCGGCCCGCUGGUGUGUGGCGACGCCGACAGUGGCCGUUUCGUGGCGUACGGCGUCGUGUCCUCUGGCGAUCCGCUGGGCUGCGGCCGACGACCCGGCCUGUACACCAAGCUGUCAGCAUACGUCGACUGGCUGCUGCCCCGCCUCCAGCUGGACCAGGAAGAGGACGCGGCGUCGAGCACGCCUGUGGCCUCAGCACCGCACCUCGCCGACCGUCCUCUCGGCGACUUGAACCAGACUUGCCUAACCCCGGACGGCGCGGCCGGCCUCUGUCUCCACUUGAAGGACUGUCCCAAGCUGCUACAGACCCACGUCGGGAACCGGUCAGACCUGCUGGCCAGGCCUCUCUGCGGGCUGGACGCGGCCUCCACGCCCCUGAUCUGCUGUCCUGGACGCGGUUGCGGACGGACCAGCUUCUCGCCACCCGAGUACCCGGGGGCCGCGCUCGCCAAGGACGCCACUGAGUUACCCUGGAUAGUGACCCUUUCCAAAAUGGUGACUCGUGACGGAUACGCGACUUUUUGCGCGGGCGUCGUGAUCUCCGACCAGUGGGUGUUGACGUCAGCAACCUGCGCGACAACCAGCGACCUGAAGGUGCGCUUCGGUUCCCCUGACAUUCCCAGUACAGCCUCGUUUUCGCUGAACGUUGUCGAGGCUGUGCGGCAUACGGAGUACUUAGGGUGGGAAAACUCAGCUCAAGACAUUAUGCUGAUGAAAACUGAGUCAAAAAUUUCGUUUUCUAGCAUCGUGAACCCAAUAUGUCUGCCAGAUGCGUCCCUUCUUUCGACCGUCGUAGCGGGCAAGCACCUUCUAUAUGCGGGCUGGUCGAGGCCUUUAGUGAAGUGGGCGAGAACAAAGGUGAUCGACUUCAAUGUAUGCGGAAGUGUGGUAGAAUUUUCCAGGUAUCUCUAUGGGAGAGGACUGUUUUGCACAAAGUGGACUGAUUUGGAUUUUUUGUCCGUGAAGCUUGACUGUGCAUCGGAUCUCCGUGGUUCUGUGGCCAUGGACAUCGUCAAUGAAAAUGGCAUUGAGACAUGGCAUGUGGUAGGGCUGUCUAUUUCUGGACUGGGAUGUUCCGAUCAAUCGGUUCCUUCCGCGGGCAUCUUUAUCUCCUUAGAACCACAUCUGGACUGGAUCAGGUCGGUCAUCUCCGAGGCCUCAUAAACUUGCUUUAAGUUUUGGUAGAUAUUGAGCUGUGUUUUUUCCAGGCUAUCUUCACCGAGUUUCAGUGUGACAUGAGCUGGGCCUUGACAAGCUGGAUGCAGACGAAGAUUUCGCUCUGCACGAAUUUGCGGACUUGUAUUGUUUUAAGAACUUGGAGGUAGAUUUGUCUUCUCAUUGCCUCUGCUCAUUUCGAGUACCUUGCAGUGCGUGAUGUUUUUUCCGACCCCUGCGUCGAGAGAUAGCAUAAAUGUGAGCUUACUCCAGUACCGGGUUAGGGUGACUUUAUCCGGCAUCUAAAUGUCUCGGCUGUGUCUAGUGCUCUAUUUGUGACAUGCCGGAGCUGUCAGAAUGUUGGUAAUGUCUGUUACUUGCAUUUGCAUUUAGGAAGCAUGCAGAAUCUUGCAAUGGGAGAGGGAAUGGAAAUGACGGUUAAAAAAAUAUAUUUAAAAAUCACCACGCGCACGCGCGCGCGGUUUUUAUUGCGCAUACCAGCAUAGCAUCUUGGAAAUCUUCUGAGUCUUACAGAAAGAAGGCAAACCCAUUUCAGCUUAACGUCCUACCUAGCCCGUUAUUGACCUCAGCUUCGUCCGUUGUGCUACUCAGCGGUACACCAUUUACCGGGAGGGGUGUCCUUGCCCCCCCCCCCCCCGUCUUACCUCCAGAACAGGCGGGCGGAAUUGAAACAAAACCGCAAUGGAUAACACUGUGGCGCGCGGUCCCAGACCACACAACACGCUUACGCGGCAGACCUGAGCCAGGUCGCUGCGGCCGACCUGGUCAGGUCGCUGCGGCGGACCUGAGCCCGCCGCCUGCCGCCGCGGGUCUGAGCCCACUCGGGCAUGGAAGGUAUGCGCUGCGAUGCAGUUCAAAUUAUAACAUAAUCAUUAGUGCAAGUAAUUGCCCGAAAUUUAGUACUUGCAUUCUUCAUAACCGCAUCGAGGAUAUCCUUUGAUAUGUUUUUGGUGCGUACUUGUUACUAACCAGAAUUUUGUUUCACGUCACUUUUUAGGUUGGAUUUUAAGAUAGGAUUUUAAGACCUCUUGCCCUGAAAAGGGUAAGAGGCCUUAUUUCUCAUAAGUGUGCGAUAGAGUGGACAAAACGAGUUUGUUGUUGCAGUUGCAGUUUCUGAAACCUGAACGGUGUUGCACGCUGCAACUAGCACUAGGCGCGGUGCGCACCGGACGAGCGAGGACAACCGUAGUAAAAUGAUGUUUCCAAAAGUCUAAAUAUCGAUUGGCAAUAUUGAAAGAUAACACCGGGGUGUCUGUUUCACAGGCAUAAUUUUGCAGGUGUGCUUUAAGCAGAUUAGUUCCACCGGCAGAUUUCAGCAUCAGUUCGCGGUGCUGUAAAUGCCAAUCCGUUCCUGCGAUCAAUCUAGAAAUUGUGUAGGUGUGAUAUAUACCGGGCUGACUCCGAAGCGCACGAAUUGAUCUCGCAAAGCGUUAAAGGGAACUUCUGGUUGUCUAGCACAGUAAAACGUAAAGGGUAUCAAUCAGCUUGUCAUGAAAUAAGCGUUAGUGACGUCUUGACAAUACUGAGUUUUCAAGCAACUGAAAUCAAUUUUGUGUGGCAUAAAACAUUCGGGUUAAUAAAAACAAAGGGUUGACAUAUUAUAUCUACC